AUGUCUAUUGCAAUCGCCGGAGGCACUGGUGGUCUUGGUCAAGCGCUUGUAGACGGUAUCCUAGCCAAGGGCAAACGCAAAGUUGUGGUCCUGACGAGGAAGGUCUCAGGAAGCCCAGAUGCCGACUCCAACGUCCGUUUCGUGGCCGUCGACUAUUCCAACGUCGACGCCCUCGUGCUCGUUCUCGAAGAGCACAAUGUGGAUACCGUCAUCUCUACUGUCAACAACAUAACAGGAGAGAACCAAUCGGAGCCCCAUCUGAUUGAAGCGGCCGAGAGGUCCAAGACGACCAAUCGAUUCGUACCAAGCUACUUCGGUAUCCCGUAUUUGCCAGAGUACAUGGUCACGUUUCCAAAAGUUGAUUCGCUUACCACUUUCCUCGAAUCCAGGCAAUACGACGCCUUCCCGCCGGCGGUUGCCAAGAAAACGGCCCUGGAGGCACUGAAGAAGACGUCUCUGGAGUGGACCGCUGUCUACAAUGGAUUCUUCCUCGACUACUUUGGCACCCCUCGAAUCAAGUCCUACAUGGACGACGUUGCUUUCUUCGUUGACCUGGCCAACAACUUUGCGUCAAUCCCUGGGUCUGGAAAUGUGCCAGUUGUCUUCACUCACACCUCUGAUGUUGCCCGCUUCAUUGCAGAGUUUCUUGAGCAUCCAAACUGGCGUCCCGAAAGUUAUAUAAUCGGUGAUAGGGUAACGUUCAAUGAGGUUGUCCGCAUGGCUGAGGACGUCAAAGGCACCAAGUUCACCGUCUUCUACAACUCUGUCGAGAGUCUCAAGGCCAACGUGAUGGUGGAACUGCCAGCUCAUCGUGAGGUUUACAAGAUGUACCCGAAGGAAAUGCUGCACAGUUUCCUUGUUCCUUUUGGGCUCGAGUGCGAGCGCGGACAAGCCAAUCUCAAACCAGUUCAUACGCUCAACGAAGACUUUCCGCACAUCAAACCGGUUUCAGCGAAAGAGAUAUUGGAAAGGGGCUGGGGAAAUGAGUGA